CCAAGUAUCCAUCGAGGCUCGACAGGAUCUGUUCAGUCCUAUUUUGGUCAAGAGUUUCGAGUCGUCAAGGAAGGUUGGAUGUACCGUAAGAAUGGGCUAAUGGUAAAUAUAAUAAAAAUUAUAACAAAGAAACAACAUCACUAAGUAUGUAUUGCAGCAGUGGAAGCCUGUUUAUGCAGUUGCUAAACAUGGAAAUUCUGUUAAACCUGGUGGACUCUAUCUCUACAAGGAUUCAAAGUGUACGCAUCAUAUCCAAACGUAUGAUAUGAGCGAAGUGCUUGAAGUAUCGCCUCGUGCACAAGAGUAUAAGCCAGGCAUCAAAUGGGAGAUUCGAAUGCUAGUGAAAAGAGAUGAUGUCACUUUAGCGACUGACGAUAUGACUUCAAGAAAAGAUUGGAUCGAUUCGCUUACGUCCAUCAUGGGCAAGGUCUCUCUGGCGACGCAAAACGAGCUCACGUCGCGUAUACAGACGUCCGAACAAAUGAACCGGGACCUGCAGCAGGUCGCAGAAGAACUAGACACAGAGAACCAUCAGCUGAGAGCCCAGAUUGAGAGUCUGAAGGAGGCUGCGGUCAAGAAAGAGCACCAGUUUCAGCAAGAGAUCGAGUUGCGAGAGGCUGAACUCAAGGAGGCUCUAGAGAAACAAGAGAGACUAUUUAAGAAGGACUAUCAGGCAAGAGAACAGGAACUAACAGCAGAGCUCGAUCGUACACGACAGGCUUUGGAAACCAAGUGCGAGAUAUAUGAAAGAGAAGCAAAGCAGUGGCGAGCCAAGUAUGUUGAACUCGAGACAAGGCAAGGUCGUAACAUGGAUACAGAUGAAAAGAAGGUAGAGAUGCUUGAAAUGGAGGUGCGCAAGUGGCGUCAUCGUGUGAGUGAGCUAGAGGAAAAGCAAGAGCAAAGAAAGACGUCUGAAAAGCCAACCGAAACAAAUGUGACUGAAACGCUGUCUGAUGUCAAGUUCAACCUGCAACUGCUUCGUGACCACCUCAGUCAUCCUUCAAAUGAGGUCACACCCACCUUGGAUGAAAUCAAGACAAGUAUUCACAACUUAUCUGAAACCUUGGAAGAGGCCAAGUCCAACUGGAAGCAGCUCGAGGGUGAUAUUGUCAAGUUGUUGGAAACUGAAAAGCAGAAUGCAGAAGGAAAAGAAGCCAGUCAGAGGCACAGUCUGUCAUUACUUGCUGACGAUAUUAACCAUCUACGUGAAGAGCUGGUGGGCAUCACUCUCGAUUCAGACGAAGAAAAAGACAGCAAGAAGACACCUUCCCUGACAGAAAAGUUUGACAUCCUGAUCGAUAUGGUCGAAAAUCUUCAGAUUGGCCAAUCUCGCCUUUCGUCGUCUUUAUCUGAAAAGCCAAAUACAGAGAAGAAACCUACAGAAGACUAUCAAGAAAAACUGGACGCUUGGAUGCAGGAGACACGCAACAUGAUCGAGUCACAUCGUGUGCCUGGUUCAGACGUACAAUCUCUCUACGACAAGCUAUCAACAAAAAUAGAAAGUGUCCUUAUGGAACUGAUCAAGUCUCAAGAACAGAGUCAAGAGGAACAGACAAAACAUAUCAAAACCAUAGGCAAUUAUCUACAGUUAAUGACAAAUGAUAUACAGAAUAGCGCCAUACCUGACCUACCUGCUCUCUCGCAGCAACUCGAAGAUGUCGUCGAGAGACUAGCAGUAACAGAGUCCCGUCUUUCUCAAGUUAAUCCGGGCACGUCCAUGGCACCAUCCAACUGGACACCUUCACCACCUGCAGAAGAACUCAAGAAUAUGAGCGACGAUGACAGGUUGACUCAACUCCACAAUUUUGUCAAGAACACAGAACGUUUCAUGGAACGCGCCUUGCUCGCGCUAAGUCGAUAUGAAGGUGGUAACUCCAACAGCAUUGAAGAGAUCAUUCGUCGUGCUGUAAAGGGUGCAAGCAAACUUCAGAUAGAACAGGUCAUGGCACUUCAAGACCAAAAUGUAGAAGAACGAAAAGAGAUUGACAAAAAGAUGCAACGCUAUGAAGAAAAUGCUCGCAUCUAUUUUGACAAGUCGAUGGAGAAGAUGCAUUCUGAUCUUCAUGAGUUUACGGGCGUUAUGUAUGAGAUGCUCGAACGACUCGUCUUGCAAGCAUUGGAGCACGAUCCUAGUUUGACAAAUAAUGCAGGUUCUGAUGGACAACAACAGCAACAAAGAUCGGUCCAAAGUGUGAUCGAUAUUCAUGCUAAGUUAUCAGGCCUUAAUCAAGCGUUGAAGGCAGAGAUUGAAAAACUCGAAUUAGAAAAACAGGGGUUAGAGACAAAUGUUAAAAAGAUGAGGCAAGACAGUAGAGAGCUUGAAAGAGAACUCGACAAAAAACAUGCUGAGCUAAGGUUCAUAAAGUCUGAAUAUGAUCGUAUGAACCAAGAUAUACAACGAUCAAGACAUGAUGCAGCAAAUCAAUUAGCAAGAGAAUUAGAACCUUUGAUGCAUCAGAUAGCAAAACUAAAGAGAGCAGCUGGUGAUAACAUUAUGACACCAGAGAAUGACGAUAGUGGAUAUACACAUAUGGCAGAUGAAAGUGUAGGUUCUUGACAUCUUUUAUAUAGAUUUAUACUCAUUAUAAUUUUAUAAUUCAGUCUUCUCUUUCAAAGCAUCCUUUGCCAGUAACACCAAGCAGACUGUCACGCUAUGAAGAUGAAGGAACAGAACGAAGACUAAGGUUUCCUAAUCACCGAAAGAGUUC